AUGGUACCAAAGGUAAAGAAGGAAGCUCCUGCCCCUGCCAAAGCCGAAGCCAAAGCAAAGGCUCUGAAGGCCAAGAAGGCAGUGCUGAAAUGUGUUCAAAGCCACAAAAAAAAGAUCCACAUGUCACCCACCUUCUGGCAACCCAAGACACUGCGGCUCCAGAGUCAACCCAAGUAUCCCGGGAAGAGCGCCCCCAGGAGAAACACGCUUGACCACUAUGCUGUCAUCAAGUUCCCCCUGACCCCUGAGUUCACCAUGAAAAGAGAAGACAGCACACUUGUGUUUGUGGUGCAUGUCAAGGCCAACAAGCACCAGAUCAAACAGGCUGGGAAGAAGUUCUGUGACCUUGAUGUGACCAACGUCAACUUCCUGAUCAGGCCUGAUGGAGAGAAGGCACAUGUUUGA